AUGUAUGCAGACGACACUGUCCUACUUCUUAGUGAUGAAAACCCUAAUCAGCUGGAAGUAGCAUCACACAUAGCUUUUAACAUGGCAGUUCAAUACUGUCAUCAAAAUGACCUUGUUAUUAAUGAGAAAAAGACUCAACAAUUAAUCCUGGGAAGGCCCAAAGACAACACAUGUCGACUACCCGAAUCAGAAGAUAACAACGUGACAAAAUAUUUAGGUAUACUAAUUGAAGACUCUCUGUCUUGGACACCUCAUAUAGACCACCUCUGUAACAAGCUGAGUACAGGCCUCUUUGUAGUGCGAAGAAUAAAGUGGAUAGCCAACGCAGACACUGCAAAGACUGCAUACCACUCACUAUUUGAGAGUCAUCUGCGCUAUGGAGCUUCAGUUUGGGGUGCUACAACAAAGCACAAUCUGGAUCGACUAUUGAUCAUACAAAAAUGUGCCAUAAGAAUACUGGCCGAGCUUCAGCCCAGAGAAAGCUGUAGAGAAUCGUCCAAAACCCUAAACAUUCUCACAGUAGUAAACCUCUACAUUAUGGAAACAAUAAUACACCAUCAUCUAAAGUCACUACAGCCUUUGAAAACAGCAGGCCAGAUGCAUCACUACAAUACCCGGCAUAGAGCAAACUACUGUCUCCCUAUCCACCACCGCUCACUGACAGAAAGAAAACCAAGCUACGCUGGAGGAAAAAUGUGGAACGCCCUACCCUUGCAGGACAAUUGGAGGACAACGUUUCCAUGA